AUGGACGGCGGAGGAUUUGCAUGGAGGUUGGAUACAGAAGCAGCGCUCUCCUUGGGGCGGUAGGUAAAUUACGUAAUAUCAACUCAAUCCAAAGGGUAAAGAAGUAAAUCUACAACCCAGCCACUAAUAAUUCUGCCACCUUGCGCUUGUGUACGUACAGAGAACAUGCACACUGCAUGCUUUUUCUCUGUCAGAACAAAAUUGUAAAUAUUUUUAGUUAGAAUUUUCUAUUUUACUGUGUGUUUUUUUUUUUUUAAAAAAAGGUGGUUUGGGUGGUGGCUAAGUGAUUUACUUAUGCUAGUUGUGUUGGCAACUCUUGUUCUUCGGAGGAGAUGUUGGUUAGGGAUAUUUGUUAAAAUACAGUUUUAUUACUACUAGGUGGGUACUCUUUUGAACCAUGGAAACAGAUCCAUGAUCGUGUAACUAAUCUGACCUGGGCUUUAGCGUUCCUGUUUCUUAACAUCUCUUUGAUAUUUUGUUCAAUUGUGGGGUUUAGUUUAUCA